UGACGUUUGGGGGAACACUCAAGUUCUUAGAUCCACCGCGAGCGACGCCAAGCAGCGUCAUGUUCAUCUUCCUUAGCAAGAAGAUCGCGAUUCCCAACGGAGCCCAGCUAUGCUGCUCGUCAUGGAACCCGGAGCAAGGAUGGAUAGCAUGUGGAGGGCAGAACGGACUACUCAAAGUCCUCAAACUCGAGUCUGCGCCGACCAAGGACGGAAAGGGACCUCGCGGAAUCGCAGCGCAGAGCAACUUGACGAUGAAUCAAUCGUUGGACGGACAUGCAGGGUCGGUUGUGUGUGCGACGUGGAAUGCCAACUACAAGAAGCUCACCACGAGCGACGAGAACGGGCUCAUCAUCGUGUGGAUGAUGCAUCGUGGCAUGUGGUACGAAGAAAUGAUCAACAACCGCAACAAGAGUGUCGUGAAGGACAUGAAGUGGAGCAGCGAUGGACAGAAGAUAUGCAUUGCAUACGAAGACGGCGCGGUGAUCGUCGGGUCCGUGGACGGGAACCGGCUCUGGGGCAAGGAAAUGAAGGUCGAGUUGUGUUUUGUGGAAUGGUCUCCCGACGGCAAGCACCUAGUGUUCGUCACGAAGGACGGCGACGUGAGCAUCCACGACGGAUCUGGCAACAAGCUCAGCAACAUGACGUUGUACGCGGUGGACGAGAAGGACAAAAAGUACAAAAUCAUUGGGCUGCACUGGUACGACGGCUGCGAAGGCCACGUGAGCGAAGACGCGCCGACGCUGGCAAUUGCGUUUGCGGACGGAAAGGUGCAGAUCACGAGAGGUCGGUACGACGACAGCGCGGUGCUGAUUGACACGGGCGUGGAGCUGUCCCAAGUCAAGUGGAACUGCGACGGCACUGUGUUGGCUCUCGCGGGCACGCAAACCAGUCGCGGGGCGUCGGGGGACAGCCGCGAGUUCAACAUUGUCCAGUUCUACGAUCCGUUUGGGCGAUACCUGCGGUCGCUCAAAGUUCCGGGCAGCAAGAUCGAAGCAUUGGCGUGGGAAGGCACUGGUCUGCGCAUCUGCCUCGCGGUAGACUCGCACAUUUACUUUGCCAACAUUCGGCCCGACUACAAGUGGGGGUACUACAGCUCCACGCUCGUGUACGCGUACAACCGACCCGACCAAGUUGAGAACUGCGUCGUGUUCUGGGAUACCCAUUCGGACGAGCGGUACAUCAAGUACGUCAAGUCGCUUGUGGGCAUUAAAGCCGCGGGCGACAACGCCGUGCUCGUGUCCAAGAUCGUCAACGAGCCUCAGCAACAAUUGGGAAAUGACCACGCGCCGCCCGUGCCGCCCAAGCAGUACUCGCUCGUGCUGUGCGACACGAUUGGCAGCCCCGUCGAGUCGAAAUUGAUUGACUUUGAGCCGCUGUUUCUGACCAUGACCCCUCGUCACAUAAUUGCCGCAUCCGCCGACGCCAUCUACGUCUGGCAGUAUCGCACUACAGUGUCCAAGCUCUCGAGCGACAGCAGCAGCAGCACCGUCCCCAGCACCCGCGGCGGCCGCGAGCGCAUUUUCUACGUGGACGACUCCCAAGGAAAUGACACCGAGUCCUUCCGGUACGUGGAGCGGCAGCUGGACGACCCGAUCUGCGCCAUCUGCGCGUCCGAGUCGUGGCUGGUCGUCGGGCGCGCCAGUGGCAUGGUCCACUGCUUCACUUUGCCCCACAUCUCCCUCGAAAUGAAGUACAUCGUCCCAUGUCGGCCGCAGAUUCUGUCGUUAAACUCCAACUCGACCCAGAUGGCCAUCAUCGACAUCAACGGCGUGCUCACCAUCAUGGAGUUGGGGCCGUCCUCGGGCAACCAGAACCCCGUCGACGCCAAGAUACUGCCGUUUGAAAAGAAAGACGUGUGGGAUGUCAUGUGGGCAGAAGAUAACGCAGAGCUGUUUGUCAUGAUGGAGAAGGCCCGCAUGUACGUGUAUCGAGGGCUCGAACCAGAGGAGCCGGUGCUAUCGUCGGGGUAUUUGUGCUCGUACAAGGACCUGCAAGUGAAAGCGGCGCUCCUCGAUGACAUCCUCGCCAGCCCGGAGCAAACCGACAAGAGUCUAGUCCUCGACUACGAAACCCGCUCCCUUCGCGACGCCCGCGAGUUGUUGGAGAACGUCAGCCUCUCGGACGCAUGCGACUACAUCCAAGACCACUCACACCCGCGGUUGUGGCGGCUGCUGGCGGACGCGGCGCUGGAGCAACUGGACUUUGCCAUGGCCGAGCGCGGAUUCGUCAAGUGUGGCGACUACAAUGGCAUCCAGUACGUCAAGCGCCUGCAAGUGCUCAACGACCGCAUCAAGCAAAAGGCCGAAGUCGCCGCGUACUUUCAACGGUUUGACGACGCCGAAGCACUGUACCGUAAAAUUGACCGCAAGGACCUUGCGAUCGAGCUCCGCAAACGACUCGGCGACUGGUUCCGCGUGGUGCAGCUCGUGCAAUCAGGCGGUGGUGACGAUACGCUGCUUACCCACGCGUGGAACAUGAUUGGCGAGUAUUAUGCGGACCGUCACAAGUGGGAAAAAGCCAUCAAGUACUACGCCCAGGCCAGCAACGUGCCGGCGCUCGUGCAAUGCUACUACACGCUGGGCGACUUUACGACGCUCGACACGCUCGUGAACGACUUGCCGGAGGGAUCGCCGUUGCUCGAAGAGAUGGCGCGCAAAUUCACCCGCGCGGGGCUGUGCAACAGCGCUGUGAAUGCGUUUUUGAAGAUGGGCGACAUCAAGUCUGCCAUCGACAGCUGCGUUCUGCUCAACGAGUGGGAGCGCGCCGUGACGUUGGCGGAAACGCACCACUUUCCCCAAAUCGAGACCGUCCUGGCCAAAUACGGCACCCAUUUGAUGCGCAAUGGCAAAACCCUACAGGCUAUCGAACUGUACCGCCGCGCCAACAAGAGCAUGGAUGCGGCCAAACUGCUGGGGAAGCUCGCCAAAGAAGUGAGCAAGAACCCCCUGCGCGCCAAGAAGCUCCAGGUACGUCUUCGAGUGCCACCCAGCAGCACUUUUAUGAUGACUACCCACGAAAACCCUGUGGAUACUAGGUACUAGCAGCGUUGGAAGUGGAACGAUUCCGCCGUAAGAUGCUCGACACGUCCAUGAUGACGACUAAAGCCGGCGGUACGAUGGGGGGUGCCACCACGGCGGCCCAAGUGACGGCGCAAACCCUCGAAAGUUUGGUCGCCCAUGAUGCUGCGACCAGUGAAAGUCGGUCACUCGACAAUGCAUGGCGGGGCGCGGAAGCAUUCCACUUGUGUCUGUUGGCCCAUCGCCAGUUGUACCGUGGGCAGCCCGAGCGGGCCCUUCGCACGAGUUUGAAACUGGCCAGCUACGACGACAUUGUGGACGAGCGCGAAGUGUACUCGCUCAUCGCUAUCGCGGCCUACUACACCAAGCACUACGAGCAAUGCAGUCGCGCGUGCAACCAGCUUGAGACGGUGCUCGUGGACAAGGACAAGGCCGCGCUGGACGCGCUGACUCUGCAGAUCUUUUCCACCACGCGACCGUUCGACCCGCCCACGCGCCCGUACGAGUGCCCCAGUUGCAAACACCCCGUCAAGGAGUGGGCAGCCAAGUGCGACGGCUGCGGCCGCGGCUUCCAGACGUGCAUGAUGAGCGGCGCCACGAUCCUCGAUCACCGCACGUACAUGUGCAAGACAUGCCGGCACUCGUGCAUCGAGCACGAAAUUCGAGACGUGUCCAACUGCCCGCUGUGCCACGCGCCGCUCAAAUAAGAACGAAACGUCGCCAUCUCACGGUUUAUGAAACUUGGAUGUAUAUAUAAUAUAUAUAUAUA